AGGUAUAACGGCCCCGCAGCGUCUCGCCCCGCCUGCCCCGCAGCCCGGCCGCGUAGACAUCAGCUCCGGGCGCAGCACAGGUCUGCGCAAGGGCCAUGGGCGCCGCGCUGGGCAGGGGCGCGCGGCUGGCUCUCCUACCCGGCCGGGCCUGCAGCGCCGUCCGGCACUGGGAACCCCCCGCGCCCGCCCGAGGCUGCCACUCCAAGGCCGGCCCGGCGCGCCCGGUGCCCCUGAAGAAGCGCGGAUACGAUGUCACCAGGAACCCGCAUCUCAACAAGGGCAUGGCCUUUACCCUUGAGGAAAGGCUGCAGCUUGGGAUCCAUGGCCUAAUACCCCCCUGCUUCCUGAGCCAGGACGUCCAACUCCUCCGGAUUAUGAGAUACUACGAGCGACAGCAGAGUGACCUGGACAAGUACAUCAUCCUCAUGACGCUCCAAGACCGGAACGAGAAGCUCUUCUACCGAGUGCUGACGUCGGACGUGGAGAAGUUCAUGCCUAUCGUGUACACGCCCACCGUGGGGCUGGCCUGUCAGCACUAUGGCCUGACCUUCCGCAGGCCCCGUGGGCUGUUUAUCACCAUUCAUGACAAGGGCCAUCUUGCAACCAUGCUGAACUCUUGGCCAGAAGAUAAUAUUAAGGCUGUGGUGGUGACUGACGGGGAGCGCAUCCUGGGCCUGGGAGACCUGGGCUGCUACGGCAUGGGCAUCCCCGUGGGCAAGCUGGCCCUGUACACGGCGUGCGGAGGCGUCAACCCGCAGCAGUGCCUCCCUGUCCUGCUGGACGUGGGCACCAACAAUGAGGAGCUGCUCAGGGACCCUCUGUACAUCGGCCUGAAGCACCGGCGCGUGCGGGGCCAGGAGUACCACGACCUUCUGGACGAGUUCAUGGAGGCCGUGACGGACAAAGAUACGCCCAGAGUAGCAAGGCAGCCCAGAGAAGAGAAGAAUUACUGUCACCCUAGGUUUGGAAUAAAUUGCCUCAUCCAGUUUGAAGACUUUGCCAACGCCAAUGCCUUCCAUCUUCUCAACAAAUACCGCAACAAGUACUGCAUGUUCAACGACGACAUCCAAGGCACAGCCUCUGUCGCCGUGGCAGGGAUCCUGGCUGCUCUGCGAAUCACCAAGAACAAGCUCUCCAAUCACGUGUUUGUUUUCCAAGGUGCUGGUGAAGCAGCCAUGGGCAUCGCCCACCUCCUUGUCAUGGCCCUAGAGAAAGAAGGCGUAUCCAAGGCAGAGGCCACAAGGAAGAUCUGGAUGGUGGACUCCAAGGGGCUCAUUGUCAAGGGGAGGAGCCACCUGAACCAUGAGAAGGAGAUGUUUGCCCAGGACCACCCUGAAGUGAACUCCCUGGAGGAGGUGGUGAGGCUGGUGAAGCCCACGGCCAUCAUAGGUGUUGCCGCCAUCGCAGGAGCCUUCACGGAGCAGAUUCUGAGGGACAUGGCCUCCUUCCACGAGCGCCCCAUCAUCUUUGCCCUGAGCAACCCCACCAGCAAGGCUGAGUGCACGGCUGAGAAGUGCUACCGGGUCACCGAGGGCCGAGGGAUCUUUGCCAGUGGAAGUCCCUUUAAAGACGUGACUCUGGAAGAUGGCAGGACCUUCAUUCCCGGGCAAGGAAACAACGCCUACGUGUUCCCUGGAGUGGCUCUGGGAGUCAUCGCAGGCGGGGUCCGACACAUCCCAGACGGGCUCUUCCUCCUGACAGCAGAGCAAAUCGCCCAAGAGGUCUCUGAGCAGCAUCUGUCACAGGGGAGACUGUACCCCCCACUCAGCACCAUCCGAGACGUGUCUCUGAGAAUCGCCGUCAAAGUCCUCGACUUCGCCUACAAACACAACCUGGCCUCCUACUACCCAGAGCCCAAGGACAAGGAGGCUUUUGUAAGAUCCCUGGUCUAUACUCCAGACUAUGACUCCUUUACGCUGGACAGCUACACUUGGCCCAAGGAAGCCAUGAAUGUUCAGAAUGUCUGAUGCAAUCUCAGAGGCUGGUGUGGGGCUGAAUGAAGCCCAGAGUAACACUGACAAUAUAAAUGGGUUCCAAAAUGGC